UAACACUUGAGCGUGUCACAUUCAUAGUGUUCCGGUGUUGUGUUGUUUUAGCUCGGUGAUUGAAUGAUCCUGUGAGUGUUGUCUUCCUGGUCCGUUCAUUGAACCGCAGUUAUCUCACUCGGUUUCCGCGGAGCCUCGUUCUCUGGAGGUAUCGCCCUCGGUUUCCUCGUCAAUCCAGACUCUGGAGCUACUUCCUAUGAAAUCACAAGCAGCAGAUCUGUCAUUUGACUGAGCGGAAACACACCGGGUUGGAUGGCGUGACCCCAGGUGCUCUCUCCUGAGGCUGACAACAGUGCAGGAUGUCAGACAGUGGGAACCAGUCCUGUCUGAUGGGAGCAGAGGACACCGUCUCCUUCCUGGUGUGUGUGUUCCAUGCGCUGGAGGAAUGGGCGGGUCUUGGUCAGGUGGAGGACUACCUGAGCGUUUUGGAGUACCUGCUGUGGGUCUUCACCCCGCUGGCUAUCGUCUUCAUUCUGCCCUUCCUCAUCGUCAUUCUCCUCUACCUGUCUAUACUCUUCCUUCAAGUCUAUAAGAGGAAGAAUCAACUGAGGGAAGCUUACUCCAACAACCUGUGGGAUGGAGCCAGGAAGACUCUGGCUACUCUGUGGGACGGACAUGGAGCCAUAUGGCAUGGCUAUGAGAUCCAUGGGCUGGAGAAAAUCCCUGACAAAGGACCAGCACUGAUCGUGUACUAUCAUGGAGCGAUUCCUAUCGACUACUACUACUUCCUGGCCAAUGUUAUCCUCCAGAAAGGACGGACCUGUCACUCUGUAGCUGACCACCUCCUCUUCAAAAUCCCAGGUUUCAAAUUACUGUUGGAAGUGUUCAGUGUGAUCCAUGGCCCUCAGGAAGAGUGUGUGCGAGCUCUGAAGAAUGGGCACCUGUUGGGUAUUUCCCCAGGAGGAGUGCGGGAAGCUCUGCUCAGUGAUGAGACUUACCCUCUUCUCUGGGGCAAACGCAAAGGCUUUGCCCAAGUCGCCAUCGACUCUCAAGUGCCAGUAAUUCCAAUGUUUACUCAGAACCUGCGAGAGGGCUUCAGGUCUUUGGGAACUCUCAGAUUAUUCCGCUGGAUGUAUGAGAGGUUCCGUCUACCUGUAGCACCUGUUUAUGGUGGAUUUCCUGUGAAAUUCCGGACCUACCUUGGGGAUCCCAUCCAGUAUGAUCCAAACAUAAAUGCUGCAGAGCUUGCGGAGAAAGUGCAGCAGGCUGUCCAGUCUCUGAUAGACCAGCACCAGCAGAUCCCAGGGAAUGUUCUGAGAGCCUUGAUAGAGAGAUUCUACACCAAACACAAAGAUCAUUAACAUCAGCAGAGACAACAGAGACAAACUGUCAAGUCUCAGAUUUCUUCAGUGUGCAGAUUUUUGGAGUAUUUUCACGACUUCCUUCAGUUCCCUUAAACAUGUUUAAUUAGACAUGUGUUAGUAUGUCUGUCUAACAUGGUUAUGUUAUACCAUUUAAUUGGUGAAGCUUAUAUUGCACACGCUAUUAAAGGUCCAGUGUGUCAGAUUUAGGUGAAAGUGAUCAAUUGGUAGAAUAUUAAAUAUAAAAUAAUCCUACUGAUGUUUUUACUCGUGUGUUUUAAUCUAAAUUGUACGAAUUGUUGUUUUCUUUACCCUAGAAUGGGACCUGUAUAUUUACUUCAGGAGCGGGUCCUCUCUACGGAGGCUGCCAUGAUUUUUAAAGUAGCCCAGACUGACAAACUAAACCUUUUGAAUUUUUAUGACAACUGAAGGCUACCACAGGUUCUCUUCCAUGUUUUGAAGGGGAGGGUGAGGUGAGGGGUAUUCAGCUGCAACAUGCAACUUCACCAAUUUGCAACUCAAUUCUACACACUGAACCUUUAAAGCUACUUUACUCUGCCUACUCUUUCUGCUUCCACUACAAGCCACUUUUCCACCCCAGCACCCCCUUUUCAUUCUGAAUCCUACCUAAUCAAAGUCAUGUGUUGUCAUUGAUGCCUUCUCUGUUCUGUUCUGGGAUCUUUAAGCUUCUGCUCUCCUUGUCUCACUUUCCACAAAGGCUCUCGGAAGGGUAAGGAGGUGUGCUCUCCCUACCUUAUGCUUUCCACACAUGCACGUGGAAGGACAGGGAUGUCUCAAUGAUGUUUUUUCUGUAUUGUCCAGGUAAAGCUUAACUCCAGAAGUAAAAUAGCUUUGUCCAAUAAGGGCCAUUUCAAUGUUUAUAACAGCCUUCAUGAGUAAGCUAGCAAAGUGUUUGAUGUCAGAUGGUAGUGAUGAUGAUGAUGAACAUGAUGCUACUUAGAGCUGCUUUUAAGCUAAAACAGUCUGUUGUUUGAUCGCAGACUAGCGAGAAACACUGGAACUUUCUUUCAGUAUCCUUCAGUGUUUUUCAACUAUCUUGUGCCAUAUCAGUAAUCUGCACUGCAACAGUUCUUUGAGAAAAACUGACCUGUUGGGAAAAAAAUACUUUGUCUAGUUAAAGCAGCACCGCUAACAAGGCUCCUUCAUAAAUUCUCCCUCUGAAUGAGAUUUCAGCUUUUCAGUUGUCACCUGCCCACCACAUGUCACUUUUCUUGACAGCCUCCAUUGUCAUCGAUGAAAUGUAACAGCUAUGAGUUUCCUUCACCCUGAUCAUGACCUGCCAGAUGGCACAUUCCUAAAGGACGCAUUAGUACAUUUAAAGUUACUUUCUUUUAUUGCAAAAAAUUUUUGUGUGUCUUCAAAUUAUCUUGUGGGCUGUAUAGGGCCUGGAGCAACAAGGUUCUCCAUCCCUGGUCUACAGUCUAUAAGGACUCUGAGUUCCUUUGUUGUCGGUAUUAGAAAAUCACAUGAUGCUUACUUCCAUUUAUAUUUAGCAUUAAUAUUUAGAGUUUGUAUUGUCCCUGUUGCCAGUGGUUUGAAACAAGAGCAACCCGUUUGUUCUGAGAAAAUUAGUUUAUCAGCACAAAGCGCAUGUGCUAUACUGCGAGAUUACCCCUCAUAAAACCAUAAGUGUCCCUUCACAAAAUUUAAGUAUCUUCUGUCUGUAAUAUUUAUCAUAUCAGUACAAAUAUGGCAGUUUUUGUUUAAUUCCCAGACCCUCGGAGCUUCAUAAGAAAUGCUGUAAACUAAACAUUUGACAUGUGCAUUGUCAUAUUGUUGAAAUAUAUUUGCAUGCAUGAGCACAUACUAAGUUUCAGUGAUUUUGCACAUAUUGUCUUCAAAGUGUUGUUGCCAACUGACAUUUUUUAAAGAAGCCUUUUUGUCUGUUUGUGAGAGAUGAUUAACUGGAUGCUUUGAACUUGCCCUUUUCCAUAUUUAUGUUGUUCAUCUAAUUUGUGUUUUUAAAUUAUGUCAAUAUAAUAUUUAAAUGUUGCACUUUUAAAUAUUGAGAUUCAGAUGAACCUGUUAAUAAAUCUAUUUUAUUAUU